AUGUCAAAGGAAAGGGAGCGCCGGGUGAUGAGCGCCUCGUGCGACGCCUGUCGUCUGCGAAAGGUGACGUGCGACCGGCGGAUCCGGCUGGAGCGGGGCGAGGCCGAGUGCAGCGCGUGCGACCGCCACGGACUCAAGUGCACCUUUACGUGGAACCCAAAGAGGCGGAGCAAGAACCCGAAUCCCUAUCAGAUUGCUGGCCUGACACGCACAACGCUCCAUGCCUGCGUCGUGGCCUACAUGCGCUAUGCAGCGCCCUGCAUGCCCGUCCUGGACAUCGGCGCACUUGUGGCGCGCGUCGACGAAGAGCGAGACGCAGACCUCGUCGUGCUGGCGACGGCGUGCAUGGGCGCCGGACUGCUCGAGCCGGCCGUGAUGGGUGCCGAGGACAAGUUCAAGCUGCAGUACGCCAUGGAGAAGCGCUUCCGCGAGCUGCUCCUGACCAAGGCGCCCGCCGAGAGCCUGGAUGAAAAGGCCGACGUCAUCGAGGCCACGUACGUCAUGUCGGAUCUCAUCACGUCGCAGGUCAGCCGGCCCGACGACCCGCUGUUCCUCGACGCGCUCUCGUACGAGGUCAUUGCCCGGCUCGUCUUUGAGGCCGGCAUGCACCGCGAGCCGGUUCUCGUCAAUGGCCGGCUGCAGGACUGCGCGGGACGUAGCGUGAGCGCGGGGCAGGCGCGGCGCAUGUCACGCAUCUUUUGGUCCUGCUUCAUCCAGGACACCUUUCGGGCCUUUGGGCGGCGGAGAAACGCGCUCAUCCGCGACGAGGACUACGACACGGAGCUGCCGGUGUGGAUGCUGAGCCCCGAGAAUGACUUUGACGCGCCGGCUCAUCUGGCCCAGCGCUCGUCGACGGCGGCGUUUGACUCGACGCAGCUGCAAUUCAUGCUCCGUCUCGCCUUUGUCGUCCGCGCCAUCUCGAUCAAGUUUGUCACGCCCCAGGCUCAGGGCCGCGGCGUGGCGGUCGCCGACGUGCAGCGGGCCAUGACGACGUUCCGGGCCUGGCGCGACGAGCUGCCGGCCGAGGUGGUGUGGGAGGCCGUCAUGGCCGCAGGCGCCAUCGACGAGGUGACGCGGCGAAAGGGCAUCAAGUCUCUUUUCCUCGAGUGCCUCUUCCUCCGCCAGGUCAUUGGCACCUGGAGUGCCCUGUGCGAGUACGGGCUGCGGCAGGGCGAGGAGCUGCCGAUGCCGUCAGCGUCGACGUCAAUGGAUGAGCUCGUCCUCGCCUCGUUCUUCCGCAUCGCCAAGCUCGACGGCGAGGCCGCGCGGCUGGGCCUCCUCCGUGCCCAGCGCGGAGUCCUCAUGGACCUGGCGGCAACGUAUGCCAUCUGGGGCUGCGCCCUGGUCCAGCACAUGCCUGACCUCGCCAUCCUGCCCAACCAGCUGGUCCCGCUGGGGCCCCUGGCCCUCGAGGCCACCCUUGUCAUCACUGCCGGCGACGUCCUCGUGUGCGUUGCGCAGCUCAUCGACGCUGUGUCGACGUGCGACUCGAGCCGCGACUCGGGCGAGAUUGCAUCGCGGCUGCGCAGCUUUCUGGCCGAGACACACGAGCGCCACGCGCAAUUCCAGGCGCAGCUCCAGGCAGGGCCACAGCAGCAGCAGCAGCAGCAGCAGCAGCAGCAGCAGACUUCAAGGGAUAUCCACGAGACCAUGAAGGCCAUGCAGCGACAGCUGCGCCAGUACAUCGUGCCCAGCCGACCAUCCCGGUUCGGCCCCACCGACUACUGCUUCUCGGUGCCGGAGCGCGACACGGAGCCCUGGCAAACCUUUGUCGAGGCACAGGCACUGCUGUCCUCCUCAUCUUCGCCGUCCAGCGACGAGGCACUGGGCGCCCUCUCUGUCGCCGAGGCACCCGACGCACAGCACUGGGCCACAGCGGCUUGGAAUGGCUCAUUGAUGUGA